ACAGCAGCGGCUUUGGCUUGUUGUCGCGAUUGUUCACUUUUCUUUCAUUCAAGAUGUCUUGUUGAUUUUGACAGAUAAUGUUUGAUAUCAUUAUCUUAAAAACAAUAUGGGCGAACGUUUCAAUUUUUCAAUUAACGUAUUGUACACAUUUCUGUGAAUCUAUACCGUUAACCUUCGUGUUAACGUUGUGAUGUUUCAAUGUAUUCCGUACGAAUAAAUUUGUAAGCUACAAGGGAAGGCAUGAUACGGGAUCAAAUUUACAGAAAUGAACAUUAUCGAACAUUAAAAUACGUUAGUAAAAUUAUGGCUAUAAUUUUUUUGCUAUGGUUCGCAAUCACUUUCCUGGCUCGAGUUAGAGGUGCAGAUGAAAGGUUCAAUUCUCUGAGCCCUCAACUGGAAAUAUUGCCUGAAGUUAGAAACAAUGAAAACCUUUUACACAAGAGAGUGACAGAUUCUCUUAAUUUGACAUGCCGCAUUAUCUGGAGGCCAAAUGGACUCAAGUCUCUUCCCAAGUUCAAUUUAUCCUGGAUGCUACCAACCAAUGAGAAUGUACAAAUUUCGUCUGCUGCCUACAACUCUAAGUCCCUGUAUAUCACCCACCUUCUUGAAACUCAUUCUGGAGAAUACAAAUGUGAAGCUCGGGAAAUUACAAAGGGAUCCAGUGGAGAUAUCCUUCAAACAUCAGUGCAGGUUUUUGUUCUAAAAAACUGCAGUCAGAAAAUGUUCGAGUGUCCAAGUAAACCGGCCAGUCCCUCACACUGUAUAUUUAAAAGAUAUGUAUGUGAUGGGAAACCAGAUUGUGCAAAUGGAGAGGAUGAAAGUGCUCACCUAGCUAAUUGUGAUCCCAUUAAUCCAUGCAAAGACAAGCUGCUCUGUGAGGAUGGUCGUUGUAUUCCACAUAGUUGGUGUUGUCCCAAUUCUAAGCCAGAUUGUAAUGCUACUUAUCCUUACAAAGAAUGUUGCAAAAGAACGAAUGACAGUCUGUUUGCUUUUGAUCACAUAUCAAACAUUAAAGGCCUGAUAGAUGAGACGGAACCUCCAUCAUUGAAUCAAAUGGGAUUCCUUCAAACCACAAUUGUUACUGUGAUUGGUUGUGCAAUGGCUUUCAUGGUUAUAGUUACAAUACUGGUCAUUGCUAUCUGCCGAGUUCAUAUGAAACGCACUCUGAUGGCGGGAGCGACAAUAAGUCCUGGCACUCACGACAAUUAUGGAGUCAGUAGGCAUGGAAGAAUAACUCAGCAAAUGUAUGAUGUUGAUUUGUUUUUUGGGCACACUCGUCCGGGGCUGCUUGUGACCUACAACAUCAACAAUGGUGUUCAGUUUGUGGGUAGACCAGUGGAUCCCCCUCCAUAUUCUGAAGUUGUAUCCACACCGCCUCGGGAGGGACCACCCCCACCUUAUGUCUCGCAUGAAAACCUCUCACGAACUGUGGCUUCAGAAGACCUUUCCAGAAUUACUGCAGUUGAGGAUGACUGUGAAGACAAUGUUGCUCAUGAAAGUGAUGCCCUCCUCAGUGCUGUACCACCACCACCAACCCCUGUUUAUUCGCCACCUUCCACUCAGGGAGCAAGAGAUGAACCUGUUACAAUGUCCUCUUGUAGUACACAAACGGGCAAUCCAGAAACAAGACGAAGUAUGCGUUCUCUUCUGUCCACUCCCAUCACUGUAGAUGCCGGCACUCAGGUGUCAUCUUUGUCAGAUGGAUAUGCUUCAUCACCAUCUGUUUCUGUAGAAAGAUUGGAUAGACCUGCAAUUAGUUUGAUUGCCCCAGUACUCCGAGAUACUGCCGUGGGUCGUUUAAGAGAGAGUUUUAUUGGACUAAGGGAAAGAGGGAAGGAAGAGCCAGUCAUUGGAAGUGUUUCCAAACCGUCCUGUGCCCUUGAACGUAGACCCUCCAGAUCUGGUAGCCGUGAUCGCUCUGAGACGUGAUUGUUGGGACGUAAGCUCUGGUACACAUGGUAACAUGUAUACUUUGUACAGUGUAUUAUCUGAAUACUAAGUCUUUCUAGUUUCUACCUGUAUAAAUGUUUGUAAAGGGUGCGACGUGUAAGUUUGCCUUUUUUUUUUCCUAAUUUGUUUACCUCAACUUCGUUAUUCCUGUGCCAUUUUUUUGUUUGAAACUUCUUUUUUGUUUUUGGACCACAGUAUUAGUAAUUUAAGACUGUUCUGAUCUGUAAGAAAUUCAGGUUUAUUUGAUAUUAUUUUGUUGUCUUUGGCCAUAUUGUUUUCAUCUUUCUUAUUCUAUUAUUGUUUGUCAUCAAUGAGUCUAAUUUUGAUGCCAAUCAUGGUAAGUUUUAUAUCUUGUACAAUUUGUGCUUCAUACAGAAUUGCAUAUCUGUUUUGAGAAAGAAGGAAGUCUUUCAUUUUAUUUGAGCAUAUCAGAAUUCUUAAAAUUUUUAUUGUUUUCGUAUAGAGUUUGUGUUGCCAUUAUUUCAUUUCUUAUCUUUGCUUGAUAAGAGUAUCUGAAGUUGUUAAGUAAUUUUAAAUCUGACUCUGCCUCAGUGGGUCCUUUGCUGUUUCUUGAAACCUUUUGUUUCAACUUUUGGCUAAAACUCAUUCAAAAGUUCAGCAGUUAUCACAUUCUGAGUUUGCGUGUUUUUAAUCUUUUAAAAAACAGCUGCCUAUAAUUAUGACAAGACAUAUCAUUACGGUUUGAGAACCAAACACAUUGUCUACCUUGUCGAUACUAUGUUUGUGAGUUUUACUGUGUUAACAGUUCAUUUUUUAAUCUUUUUUCAUGCAAGCUGUAGACGUUCUGGUACACAUUGUUUUUUCAUAUUAUGCUUGUUAUUGCGGCUCUCUGUGAACUUUGUUAGUAUGCUGUUCUGUGCAAAUUUCAAACCUUCAAAUCAUUGACAUUAGGUGUGAUCAUAGCCAGUACCCAUUUACCCUGUACUUAAAUGUAAACCUAUUGCAAUUAGAGGCCAAUCAUUAACUUGCAAGCCAUAAAUAAGCGCUUAGUGAACAAAUCUGUACCACUCAUACCUUUGCUCUUUUUAAUUCAUAAAUUAUUGUUUUUGUAAGUUUUUGUAUUUUGCUGUGUUUUUGUUUUAUGAUGAUUAAAUAUGUACCCUAGGCUGGGUAUUUGCCAUUUUAAUUUAAUUCAUGUUUCUUAUGUACUCUAAGUAGUUUAACGGAUGAAUUAGUCUAUAAGUAUACCGUUUGACACAGCUAUAAUUUCUUUGAUGUUGCUUCUUCUUUUCAUUUAUAUAAAUAUCUCAUUCUGUUCUCAAUUUUCUUACAAAAUUUUUGUUUUAACUCAACUAAAGUAUUUGUACUCUUUGUACUCUGUCUGAUAAGAAAGAUGUGUCUUUUGCAGCAAGGGUAAUAUUGUUAGAUAAAUUGCAUGCGUGUCCAGUCUGUGUACAUUGGAUUGUUGGCCACAAGGAUACAAUAUUGAUAUUAUUAUCAUUGAUUUCUGUUUUAUAUUCUCCAGUGAAAUAGAUCACAAAAUACUAGUGACAUUCCACUGCAAGCUAUGAAACUUGAGAUGCUGCCACUCCAAAUGAAGUGAACAAGUGACCUCCAUGCAAAUGGGUCAGCUCUUCUUUUCUUGUAAAUAUUGAUAUUUCUUCUAUGCUGGUACUUGCUCUUGACGCUGUAUCAGUUGUUUGCCUGUGAUGAAUAAAUCUCAGAUAAGCCACG